GAGAGAGAGAGAGAGAGAGAGAUUAUAAUAGUGUCCUAGAUGUAUUGAAUUUCAUUAACUUGUAUCCACAGCUUCAUGCGUCUGUUUUCAUGGGCAUGUGCUAAUGUCACAAAGCACAUGACACAUGCAAAACAGACCCUUUAGAGCUCAAAUGAAAUGAAGCCCACUUCCACCCUCAAGAAGAAUCGAUUCUCUUCCUAUCUUCUCCCCUUAACUUUCCUCCUCUUUGUGGCCAUUCUCUACGGUGAGGAUUUGAGCUGCAUUUUCAGGCAACCAUUUGAACGUAUCCAGCAGCUACAACAAGCACAACCCACAUCAAGAAAAGAGAAUAUUUCUUGGCCGUUCGCCGUCGGCAAAACUAAUGAAGGGUGCAACAUCUUCGACGGCAAGUGGGUCUAUGAUGAGGCGGCCCGGCCGAUGUACGACGAGUCGGAGUGUCCAUACAUACAGCCUCAGCUGACAUGUCAGGAGCAUGGAAGGCCUGAUAAGGGGUACCAGCAUUGGAGAUGGCAGCCUCAUGGAUGUACCCUACCAAGCGUCAAUGCGACUUUUGUGUGGGAAAUGCUACGCGGGAAGCGGAUGAUGUUCGUCGGUGACUCCCUUAAUCGGGGCCAGUACGUCUCCAUGGUUUGCCUUCUUCACUCUAUCAUCCCCGAUAAUGCAAAAUCAAUGCAGACCUUCGAUUCGCUCACCAUCUUCCGAGCUAAGGAUUACAAUGCUACGAUCGAGUUUUACUGGGCCCCAUUCCUAAUGGAAUCCAACUCCGAUAAUGCGAUUGUACAUCGCGUCAAAGACAGAAUUGUUCGAGAGGAUUCCAUUGAAAAACAUGCUAAGUACUGGAAGGGAAUCGACAUUAUAGUCUUCAAUACCUAUCUUUGGUGGAUGACAGGCAUGAAGAUGAAGAUCCUACGAGGGUCCUUCAAUGAUGAUCCCAAAAAUAUCAUCGAGAUGGUAACAGAAGAUGCUUAUCGCAUGACACUGAAGAGUAUGACAAAAUGGGUGGACAAGAACAUGGAUCCUCACAAGACUAGGGUCUUCUUCACUAGCAUGUCACCUUCCCAUGAGAAGAGUGCCGAGUGGGGAGGUGAGCCGGGUGGAAACUGCUACAAUGAGACGGCUCCGAUCGAAGAUCCUAAAUACUGGGGAAUUUCAUCUAGCAAAAGCAUAAUGCGGGUGAUUACUGAAGUAUUUAGUGAAACAAAGGUGCCCAUCACAGUCAUCAACAUCACCCAGCUAUCCAAUUAUCGGAAGGAUGCGCACACGAUGAUCUACAAGAAGCAAUGGAGUCCGUUAACGGCCGAGCAGUUGGCGAAUCCGGUCAGCUACGCUGAUUGUGUCCAUUGGUGUUUGCCUGGCCUUCAAGAUACUUGGAAUGAACUCCUAUACGCCAAGCUUUUCUAUCCUUAGAUGUUUGAUGGCCCACUCAUUCAAUUCCUUGUAUCUAUAUCUUUUUGGUAGCCAGGUGAUCAAGUAGAUUGUGGUCCACUUUGCUUGAUGCAAAUAAUAUCAAGCAUAUAUAGAUUGAUUCUUUCAAAUCUGUUUUUUUUUUUUUUUUGGUUUUUGUUUU